CAACGGUACCUACGAGCUGGUCUCUUGUGGACACUAUGACUUCAACCUGGCGAGAUGUCAGUGCGGCCCGGAAUAUUUCCCAAUCGUUUACGACUUCGAGGGCGGUGACUUCCGAUGUUCUCGCCCGGGCCAUAAUCUCGUCUGGACCGGCAUCUACGGGGUCCUCACAAUCGUACCAAGGGGUAGGGUCAAUCGGUACGCCGCCCAUUUCAAAAACGGUCAUAUGGAAAUCCCAUAUUUUAUGAAUAGGAGAUUUGGGGAUACUUCUGUUGCUUUUUUCUACAAACGCCUCAAAAGCUCCGGCGGCAGCCAGGGACUGAUUAACAACGGGAGAGUGACAAAAUCUGGGGCACCGUCUGUACAAAUAUUCAGUGAAACGUGGUACAUCCGAGGGGCAGUGAAGACGAAUGUUACAACAUACGAAUUCAUGUACAGGGACAGUGACAACCGUAUGAACGAGGGAGACUGGCAUCACGUGGCCUAUGUCUGCAACAGCACCAACCUGCUGAUCUUUGUGAACGGGACACAGAGAGUGAACGUACCUAUUGAAGGUCAAAUUGCUAGGCAACCGCAUUCUCCAAUGGUGAUAGGCGUAGACAGAUAUAUCGACCUUGACCUUGGAUUCGGAUCGUCAAGGUUUAAGGGUUACAUGGAUGAUAUUCGGUUUUACGACUGGGCCAUUAGCCAUGACGAAAUAGAAGAACUGAACAAACAGCAAGCCUAUAGAAACGGCGCCCCCAAAAGUUAA